AUGGCGAAAGCCGUGGUCGGAGAAGAAACGCGACUCAAAUUGGCGGAGGAUCGUCUCAGCCAAUCCGCAGUGGGUCUUCUAAUCGGCAAGUUCAGCUCCGCUGUGGGCCGCGCUUUCCUCUUCGAUUUGGUUCCCACCCCGCACAACGACUCCGGUGAGCCCGCCUGUUCCCUCCCCGAGCCCGACAAGAAGAAGGGGCCGAAACCCAAAUCCAAAUCCGAGCCGGCCGAUUCCUCUUCCUUGUUCAUCGACAAGGACUGGGUCGCCGAACAUGCACGCCAGGUUUCUAGAAUGCUCGUCGGUGGCAUGAAGGUGGUGGGCCUAUACGCUUGGGUCAGCGAUACCGCGUUCAAGAAUUCCACCAUAAUGCUUUGCCAGACAGUGAAGGUUGUUGCUGACGCAGCACCGGUUGUGGCGGGUGAUUGGGAUGAGAGACUGCUUCUUCACAUUUGUUAUAGUCCGAGAAGGUGGAACUGUAGAAACUGUUCAUUGUCUUCGAAUAUCACAUCAAGUAGUUUGCGGCCUUGUGAUUUUAAAACGGGGAAGAUCUUAACUUCCCUACAGACGUACAAGUGCAUGUACAACUUCAACCUGAGGUUACCCAUACUACGUGACAGUGCAUCGAAGUUCCAGACAUUGAGUGAUACUCUUCGUCAUGUGAUAUCUGUUCAUGCCAAAGAGCUUUCCGGUGCAAAGGCCUUGAUUGACGGUAAAUUGGUUGUUGAGAGUGAGUCAUAUUCAUCGGAUGGUGUGCAUGAAGUCGAAUUGCUUCUACCAUUUCUUAACAAUAGUUCUAUUGAAGCAUGCAGCCAAGGAGAUGUUGUUGGUCUUCUUUCAUUUAGUGGCUUGAUAUGUUCUUUUGCAUAUCUGAAUUCAAAAGAGCCAAUUUCACAAGCCGUCACUGAUAUAAAGGGAGAUAUUAUCAAGAGUCUGCAAAGUAGAUUGGAUAUAAUCUGUGAUGAGGUAGAUGUUGACUCUGGUAACAAUCAUGAUGUUGGAAGCCAAGCAAGCAAUGAAAUAUCAGUUGAAAAGCCUGUUCCCCAACUAGUGUUGCGCAUAUUGAGGGUUAUUCUAAAGCGGCAAUCCAGUGCAUGGGGUUUCUGCCUAGUGAGAAAAGGAUGUAGUCUUCCAUUUCCUAAAAGAGUCUUUGCACCAUGGUUAGCAGGGGUGUAUGUGUGUGAUUAUUUGCAGCCUUCUGAAACUGUCGAGGUUUUCAAAGAUCAUUGCAUGGAGUUAUUAUCCAUGAAAGCUCCAACUGAUGUCUCUACAAUUUUGGAGCCAGAAAAAGAAGUGCUAUCUCUCAAAACUAAAUCUUUCUGGGAUGUGGCAGUGCCCUCCAAUUCAGAACUUCGUCUCAUGGAAGACAAGAGCAAACGUGAUGGCGGAGGUAAGAGUUCAAGUAGUAAAACUGUGAAGCCUGGUCACAUUAACGUUGUCGCUGCUGCUCUUAUUCUUCUAUUGUCUGUGUUAGUUGGUUUUGUGCUAUUCUUUCUGAAGGGUUGA